UCUGUCAACAAUUGCAUCUAUCACCGUUACCAACACAGGCAACACAUCUGAGUUCGUCAUAGGGCCCAACAAGAAGACGGAGGUGGAUAAACCAGCAGAGUGUGAAAAAAUGUCUUUGUAGCAGCAGCGGUAACCACCAGCAGCAAUUGUUCCAUCGGCAAUCAGUGAUUCAUUACACCUGUUUGAUCGCUGCCCCUCGGGUGCGCAGCUUUCUAUCCAGUAGCCAUGGAUAAGAUGGAGGAAAUCAAGUACAAGGUGCUGGAUCUAAUCAACAAAAAGAAAGAUGUAAAAAUUCCUAAGAUGGGCUUCACGGAUUAUUACGUGCAGCAGCAUCACAGCGUACAACCUCCGCAGAAACAUUCCACUCUACCGGGAGGAAUCAAAACAACCCCUUCCGCGCACAGUUCCGCCACCUCUAAGUACGACUACUGCCCCCUCCAGGUGGAGGAAGAGGAAGACGCACUGGACGGCAGAACAGCUGGACAAGAUCCAAACCGGAACAAGCUUUCCGAUCAGGAAAUCCUCGAAUCGACCGAAGCCAUCUACUUCGAUGGCAGCAGCAAUACUGGCCUCCACGAGUUGAAGAAACUGUCGGAAUGCGAUGAGCUGCUUGAUUGUCAAUCGAUUGAGCAAUCGAUGAGCACACUGAAGAACCAGCAUAAGGUGGUUUCGAAGAAAGUGCUCCAGCUGAUUUUGGAGCAGCGCUCGGCGUGUAGCGAGGAGUUCCAGCGUAUUCAGGAGACGGAAGCUCUGCUGCGGGAUACGAUCGCUAUGUGUCGCACAACGCGAACCCAUUUGGAUGGCUCGAAAAAACUGCUUACCACAACGAAUUUGGAAAUUUUAGCCGCCUACAAAAAGCGCCAGACGCUGAUCAAUCUGCUGAAAACGCUGAAUGCGCUCAAAAGUAUGCGAUCGAUCGAUCAGCGGCUGCAGAAGCGACUGUCGGAAGCGGAUUAUAGUGGAGCGAUUGCCAUCCUGUUGGAGAAUAAGAACCUCUCCGAGCGAUUUCAGCAGUACAAGUGCAUUGAAUCGCUUUCCACCAAGCUGCAGGACACGUUGAUGAUGACCGAGAUUCAGCUGGAGGCGGUGCUGAGUGAGGUUCCCGCCGGAUUCGAUGCCAAGAAGUACGCCAAGCUGCAGGAAGCUUACAAGUUGCUCGAGAAGCAGCUUAUCGCGAUGGAUCAGCUGCAUAUGAAUUUUAUCUCUUCGAUUCACACGGCGGCUUUUACGGUGCUGAAGCAGCAUAUGGAGGCCGCGCUGGAGGAUAACAGACAGAAGCUGACGUUUGAGCAGAUGUGUGAGUGUGUGCCGAGCGAGAAGUAUAUCCACUGUCUGACGGAUCUGUGCCGGGCGUUUUGGAAGAUACUGGUGUCGUACUAUCAGGUUCGCUGCUGGCAUCAGAAUCAAAAACUUUACGAGAAAGGGAAGGAAGCACAGCGCCGAGAGGAGUCACUCCCAGUGCAGGCGGAUGGUGACAGUGUUAAUCCAGCGACCAGUGGCAGUCAGUUCCACGAGGAGUACAUUCAACAGAAGCUCGAGAUGGGCCAGUUUCGGUUGUGGAACGAUAUUCAGGCGAAAAUCUGCGUGUUCAUCAGCAGCACGAAGCUGAGCUCGCUUAAGUACGAGUAUUUUAUCCAGAUACUGGCGAUUGUCCAGCGGUUGAAAAAGGUUGGCAUCGAGUUCUGCGAGAACCCGUCUGAGAAACUGAUGCAACACAUGCAGCGCCAGAGUGUGGAAUUCUUCCGGAGAUAUCAUAUCAGCUGUUUGGAGGAGAUUGGACUUUUCUUCGAUCACGAAGUGUGGGUACCGAUUGGGAGCUUUGUUGACGUUGGUCAGCUACAAGAGUACAAGAAUUUUAAGCACGCUCUGGUGAAAGGACAAAACGGUGUGGUGAAGGGUGGAAGAUCGUCAAGUCUGGAGAACAAAGCACUAGAAACACUGGGAAUUGGAUCGGCAACCGGUCGGCCAGUGAACAGUACCUCUUCGAUUCACUCGCAGGACGAGAGCUCGCUGUACGGUUCGUGUGGUUAUUUCCUGCGUUUCACCGAAAAAAGCUCCCCCUUUGACGGUGGGUUCGAUUGCACAAUGCUUGAGGAGGAUAUUCUGGCGGGUAUAGCGGAUGAGUCCUCCUAUUACUACUCGGAAGAUAGCAGCGACAACAACGAAAAUUACUACGACCAGAGCCCGGAAGCGAAGAAAGUUAAAGAACCAACGACGAAGACACCACCCCAAUUGUCAUCCUCCACCUCGAACGGUAACAGUGGCCUUACCGUAACCAAUACAUCCCUAACCGUCCUGCGUUGCAUCGGACGCUAUUUGUACUUCUGCAAGUUGCUCCAUUCCAUCGCCCCGCAUAUCGUGAUGUCCAUGACAGAGCUCGUUGACUUCUACAUCUAUUCGGUUCAUGAAAUCUUCUCCCGAGAUCUUCCCGUGCCACGAGAUAAUCUGUACUCGGCGCCGUUGAAACGAAUCCUGUCGAGAAUUCAAACCACCGUGAUAACGAAGCUCCGCAAGUGGCCCCUCUCGGACGAGAUGAUCAAGGAGGACCUCGCGAACGCUGACCUUAUGUACGGGCUUCAGAAGCGAAUAAUCGCGUCGGAGAGUUGCAUCAGCUUGGUCGACCAGUUCCGGUUGAUGGAGGAGUACUUAGCGGGGUUGUUGCAAACAGAUCAGACCGCACAACAGCAACUCAAGCGGUAUCUGUUGGACAUGAGCGAGUGUCUGCCGGAUAUGCGUAAACCCAUUUAUAUGUGCGUGGCCGCCCGGGUGGUGGACAUCCAGAACAUUCUGCACGCGAUGGGGAAGGUCAAGUGGGAUAUCAACCAUGUGAAUGUUCAGCACAGUGCGUAUAUUGACACGAUGAAUCGGGGAGUGCAACACUUUGCCAUGCGGUUGGAUGAAUUGUCUGCCCAGAAGAUGACCAUUCCGAAGGAGGCGCUCUGGGAUUGCUUUGUGCAUGUACUUACGCAUCUGCUGGUGGAAGGGUUCUCCAACGCCAAAAAGUGCUCCCCCGGUGGUCGUGCCCUGAUGCAGCUCGACUUUACCCACUUCAUCUCGAUCCUGGAGAUAAUCUCCACCGGUAAGUACCCGGAGCAUCGGGCCUACGUCGAGCAGUACAUCAAGGCAUUCUACCUGCCAAAGGAUCUGCUGGAGGAGUGGAUUGUGGAGGCACCCUCGCGGGGUUACGCUUGUAAACAUCUGACCGGGCUGAUCCAGUGCGCUUGCAGCGGGGACAAAAAGGUGCGCCAGAAGCUGCUCGCCCUGGCGGAAAGCAUCGACAGUGGCAGUAUUAGCAACAGCAACAGUAGCAUCGGUGAUAGCAACGGCGCCCAGCACGAUGAUCUGAACAAGGAAUCUUAAGUAUUGUAGUUGUUUUUUUUAGACCUUUUUUUGUUUUGUUUUUAUUUUCUCUCUCUUUGGUUUCGUCCCUUUUGCUGCUUCAUAGCGUAAUUUAUGAAUACAAUUUUAGCGGGAACCCGAAAGCAACAUGAAAGACAUAAUCUCUAGAGCAAUCUCUGUUUUAUUUUAUAUAUAUUUUAUGGUUUAUUUUAUUUAACAGAACAAAACUAUGUACAUUAAUAAAAGAUAAUAGUGUAUAACAACAGA